UCACGGUGAGGCUGCUCGCAUUGUAGUUUGCCCUCCGCAAAAUCAAAAUCUGUGAGUAUGAACCUCUCUAUCUCUCUUAACGUAUAAAGGCGGGAAACACAGAAUUUCUCCCUCGGCUAUCAAACUCACCACCGCAAUACGUAGCUUCAGACUCUACCGCACUCUCUCUCCCUCCUUCGUCUUCUUCAAUGCUUUCAGAAAUUCACUUUCUAAAUUUGCGGUAGCUUCAAUUUCUUCUGUUGAGAGGCCAUCUCCUCUUUGUGCGAAGCUCAACUCGUUUCAGAUUUCGAUUGUUGACAACUGCAUCCAGCGUUUUCAGAGCUAGACUUCCAAUUCUGUAUUGCGCAAUUCUAUUGUCAGUUAGUUAGCUCUGAGUUUUCCUUUUCUUGUUUGAUUCCAAGAAAAAUGGAGAAACUCAGGCCAGCGUGGGCUGUCAAGGCAAUCAUCGUCAUCCUUUUCACUUCCAUUCUUUUCCGAUGCGUCUGCGGCGAGAAUCAUACCGUCGGCGGAGCCUCAGGCUGGGAUCUCCGUUCCAACAUCCAGGCCUGGUCGUCUACGACGACGUUUAAUAUCGGAGACGAUCUCGUAUUCUCGUACACGCCAGUUCACGAUGUGGUGGAGGUAAACCAACUAGGUUACGACACGUGUACGAUAACCAACGCCCUUGCCACGUAUGAUAAUGGGGAAACCGUGAUUCACUUAGGCGGAGCGGGAACGCGAUACUUCGUGUGUGGCAGAAUGGGCCACUGUCAACAGGGCCUUAAACUCCAGGUCCAAGUUCUAGCCCAGUCCAACAACGGAAGCAACGACGAUCAAAACCAAGGCCCCGGCAACACCACCUCUUCUCCUCCGCCUCCUUCUCCUCCGCAGCCUCGUUCUCCUCCGCGGCCUCCUUCUCCCCCGCCUCACGGUGUCGAACAACCUCCUGCAGAUGAGCCCUCACCCUGCGACUGUUCCGGUGCAGACGAGCGUUUUGGGGUGGUGCCGUUAAUUACGCUCGUAAUCGUGCUCGCUUUCGCCCGCGCUCCUUCUUCGCUUUUCCACGCCUCCGUUUUCAUCUCAUGCGUUUAAAUUGCUAGCUUGCUGCAUUUUAGUUUUACCUCGGCCUAUUACUCAGGGCAUAUAUGAAUGUGUCGGUUUGAAAUUGAAUAAUGAGUAUGCUUUGUGCGUAUUCAAUGUGAAUAUUUCUCGGGAUGCAUGGUAUGUACUUUCCUUUCUUGUAAAGUACUAGUUGCAGCUCUGCAGGCAUAUUCAAACUGAAUAUUUUCUGUGGUUAUAAAUUUGUUUUUUCACUUGGUUAAUGUUCUGUCUGUGAAUAAUAAACGGGAUGUAUGUAAAUUAGAUAAGUAAAAAAGGGUUUUGAAAAUUGACGUCAUCU